AUGGAGGAGGAGGCCCGGCAGGCGGUGGAGGACGUUGAGGCCUGGGAGCUGCUCGAGCAGGCCCGCCGGGAGGAGGCAGCGGUGCGGUGGCACGAGGAGGCCAGGCUCCGCCGCGAGGAGCAGAUGCGCGAGGAGGCUAGGCGUCUCGCAGAGCAGGAGAGGCGCCAGAAGGCCAGGCGCCUCGCGUGGGAGGAGAGGGAGCAGCGCUUCAGGGAGGAGGCACAACUUCGGGCUGCUGCGACGGAGCAGCGGGCGGCCCCGGACUCGCACUCGGCCUGGGAGGAGGCUUUCACCUUAUCGGGUGGCGGGCGUGUGGAUCGGUGGCGCGGCGGCCGUGGGUCAGAUUCGGAGGAAACACCAAUGUCGCAGAACGGUGGGCUCGACGGCGGGCAGGAGACGGGCAGCAAGCGGCCGGAGUCGUCGUCUGCUCGCAGAGAGGUAAGGUCCAUGGUCUUCCGGGAGGAGGAGAGCAUCGCCUUCGACGAGCUCGACGACUCCGAGGAUCCGCUUGACGAAGAGGAAGAUGCCCCGUGGGAGGAGCCCACGCAUGUAAACCGCAAGCGCGCGCACGGCCGGCGGGCAAGGAAGAAGGUGGCGGCGAGGGCGUCGCGCCCAGAGCGCUUUCCCGGCGCCUACGACGACUUCCAUGGUCUGUGCCUCCUCUGCACGCAACUUGGUCACCGCACGGCCGACUGCACCACCGGGCCGGUGUGCUUGCGUUGCGGGGAGGGUAGACACAUGGCGAGGGAAUGCUCGCUCCCCCGCCCACCGAGACCUGCGUCGCCGCCGGAGGACGCCAUGGAGCCGUCCAGGAACUGCGUGAACGAUGAGGGUCGCGGCCGCCGGGUGGUUGAUGGCGCCAGUGACCACCGCGCGUGUGCGCCGGAGGUGCGCUAG